CGGGGGGCCCACCCCGUAGAGGGACACGUUAUCGCUGUGAGGUGCAGAGCUACUGGGUAUACCUUGAGAGCAUGCUGUACCGGGAAGCUGAAGUGGCUGGGAUCUUGGAUGGAGUGAGUGUUGAGCCCCAGUGAGAUGACUGACCAGGGCAACAACAACCAGAACAUCUCCUGCAACCCCUUCGCUGCCCUCUUCAGCUCACUGGCUGAUGCCAAACAAUUUGCAUCAGGCCAGAAACCGCAACAACUGUCUGCUGAACCACCAUUGGAGGACUCUGGAGAGAGCCAGUCAGACUCAGAAAACUCUGUGUCAGACAGCGUUGAUGACAAUGACGACUCGGUGGCAGAGAUCAGCCGCUCCUUCCGUUCCCGCCAGGAGCUGUGUGAACAGCUCAAUGUCAAUCACAUGAUCCAGCGAAUAUUUCUCAUCACUCUGGACAACAGUGAUCCCAGUCUAAGGGGAGGUAAUGGGAUCCCUCCUCGCUGUGUGUACCUGGAGGAGAUGGCUGCAGAUUUGGAUGGACAGGACUGGCUGGAUAUGGACAACAUAGAGCAGGCUCUGUUUAACCGUCUGCUGCUCCUAGAGCCAGGAAACCAUCUCAUCUACAUGACGUCAUGCAGCGCUGUAAACCUGUCGGCUGACCGUGAUGCUGGGGAGAAAUGUGCCAUCCCUUACCUUUUUGCUUGUUACCAGAGGGCCAAAGAAGAGGUGACGAAGGUACCCGAGAAGUUACUGUCAUUUGCUGUUCGCUGCAAGAAUCUGACGGUUUCUAACACACGGACAGUUCUGCUCACCCCAGAGAUCUAUAUCAGCCAGAAUGUCUACGAACAGCUUCUGGACCUGCUGCUGGAAGGUUUCAGUGGAGCACAGCCAGAGGAGGUGGUUGAGUUUGUGGAGGAGGUCAUUGCUGGCCUGCUUUCCGACCAGGAGGUACGUACCUUCGAGGAGGUGAUAGUGCCAGUGUUUGAUAUCCUCCACGGGCGCAUCAAAGACUUGGACCUCUGCCAGCCUCUCCUCUACUCCUACUUAGAUGUUCUCCUCUAUUUCAGCCACCAUAAAGACAUUGCCAAGGUAUUGGUGGAACACAUUCAGCCCAAAGACCCAGCUAAUGGUUUGCAGUACCAGAAGAGCCUACUUGGAGCAGUGUUGAAUAUCUCCUGCUUGUUAAAAACCCCAGGUGUGGUUGAGGGUCAUGGCUACUUCCUGAACCCCUCCCGUUCCAGUGCCCAGGAAACAAAGGUCCAGGAGGCCAACAUCCAUCAGUUUAUGGGCCAGUUUCACGACAAGUUGCACCAGAUCUUGAAAAACUUGCUCCAGCGAUCUAGUGAGACACGCCACCUGCUGCUCUCAUGGCUGGGCAACUGUCUGCAGGCUAAUGCUGGCCGAGCCAAGAUCUGGGCCAAUCAGAUGCCAGAGAUCUUUUUCCAGAUGUACUCUUCAGAUGCUUUCUUUUUAAACUUGGGUGCAGCUCUGCUGAAGCUGUGCCAGCCCUUCUGCAGGCCUCGUUCGCCCAAACUGCUCACCUUCAACCCUACCUACUGUGCCCUGAAAGAGCUGAGUGAAGAAGAAAGACGCAAUCACAAUGUGCAUGCAAGAGGUCUUGAAAAGGAAACCUGUCUGAUCCCUGUGCCUCCUCAGCAGUCAGUGGAGUCUGCACAGUCCUACAGCCUGCUGACUGAAAACCUCAUCCUCACACAGCUCACCCUGCAUCUCAGCUUCCACAGACUCCAUGAACAGAUGGUGAAGAUGAACCAGUCUCUCCAUCGCCUCCAGGUGACGUGGCAGGAGGCCCAGCGAACUGGCAACCCGAUGUCAGAGCAGCUCCUGGAGCAGUUUGAGCGUCUGAUGAUUGUUUAUCUGUCAACCAAAGCUGCCACUACACAGCCUGCCAUGCUGCAAUGCUGCCUUAACCUCCAAGCUUCCACUGCUGCUCUGCUGGUUCAGCUUAGUAUGGGAAACCAGGGGCCUGAACAUGUAGCACUCAGUUUUCCCUUGCCCUCCCUCCAGAAUACUAUGCUCUGCUAUGUACCAGAGUUUUUUGCAGAAAACUUGGGAGAUUUUUUCAUCUUUCUGCGGCGAUUUGCAGACGAUGUUUUGGAGACUUCUGCAGAAAGUCUGGAGCAGAUUCUUAACUUCGUCGCUGUCUUCAUGGGUAAUGUAGAAAGGAUGAAGAACCCACACUUAAGAGCGAAGCUUGCCGAGGUCUUAGAGGCGGUGAUGCCACACAUGGAGCCCGUGGCUCCUGGUGCUGUUCAGCCAAUCGUGUUCCAGCGAGAGCGAGUCUUCUGCUCCUAUAGACAUGCACCUCACCUGGCCGAGGCCCUCAUCACUGUGUUUGUAGAUAUUGAAUUUACAGGUGAUCCUCAUCAGUUUGAACAGAAAUUCAACUACAGAAGACCCAUGUAUCCCAUCCUGAAGUACAUGUGGGGCAAAGAUAACUACAGAGAGAGCAUCAAGCAUUUGGCCGACUAUGCAUCCGAGAACCUGGAGGCCAUGAACCCUCCUCUGUUCCUCAGGUUCCUGAACUUACUGAUGAAUGAUGCCAUCUUCCUACUGGAUGAGGCUAUUCAGUGCCUGAGUAAAAUCAAGGUUCUGCAGCUGGAGCGGGACCAAGGGGAGUGGGAAGCCUUGACCCCUGAUGCCCGAAGAGAGAAAGAGUCAAGCCUGCAGAUGUUUGGACAGCUGGGGCGCUUCCACAACAUCAUGUCUAAUGAGACCAUCGGCACACUGGCCUUUCUCACCUCAGAUAUCAAGGGGAUCUUUGUGCACCCCUUCCUGGCUGAGAGGAUCAUCUCUAUGCUGAACUAUUUCCUGCAGCACCUGGUGGGUCCUAAGAUGGGUGCCCUUAAAGUCAAGGACUUCAGUGAGUUUGACUUCAAGCCACAGCAGCUUGUUUCUGACAUCUGCACCAUCUACCUGAACCUGGGCGACGAGGAGAAUUUCUGUGCUACAGUCCCAAAGGAUGGACGAUCGUACUCUCCUACACUCUUCUCCCAGACUGUUCGGGUACUAAAGAAGAUCAACAAGCCUGGUGCCAUGAUUGUAGCUUUUGGACUUCUUGCUGAUAAAAUAAAGUCCCAUGCAGACAGACAGCAGCAGGAAGAAGAGACAUAUUCAGAUGCCCCAGAUGAGUUCUUGGACCCCAUCAUGUCCACUCUGAUGCUGGAUCCCGUUCUUCUUCCUUCUUCCAAUGUAACAGUAGACCGCUCAACUAUAGCAAGGCAUCUCCUCAGUGACCAGACAGACCCUUUCAACCGCAGUCCUCUAACCAUGGACCAGAUCAGGCCAAACGAGGAACUCAAACAGCAGAUCUUACAGUGGCUGGAUAAGCAUAAGCAGGAGAGGCUGCAGCUGGGGCCCAGUGGCUAGCUGUCAUACCUCACUGUGACAAACAAUGACUGCUUCCUUGUUUUCUUUUCCUGGGCCAGAUCUCAUGUGCUCCUCUGCUUCUUGGAUCAUCCAUGGUGUGCUUGCCUCUGUGGAUUUCUUCUGACUCCUUCGAUCUGACUAACAUAGCAUAAGCCUUUUCACGUAGCCUUCAUCCACAGUGGAUUCUCUUUGUGACAACAGUCCAGAUAACCUGUUGCCCACCAGCUGGCGACAACUUCAGAUUCCAUGCACAAGUAGCCGUUCCAACUCCCACAAUGCCCUAUGCUAAACAUUAGUAGGGUGGUACAACCUCUGGUUUCUCCCUCCCUAAAUACUGUGUAUUAAUUAGUUAUUAUUACAGCCUGAACUGUGGUCAGAAGUAUCAGUUUCAACAGGACUUGUUGAAUGUACUGUAUGAACUCCUGACUGACCAGCUGGCCAAAACAAGAUUUUAUACUGCAAGGUAAGUAUUUUCGGGAACUCAAGGAGCAGAACAUGGAUGGAGUCAUUUAUGAUUUAACCUUGAUUUAACUUUCAUAAUAAUACACUGCCUUUCAGAGGUCUUGAACACCCUAUAUUUUAGCUCUUUUGGUUAAAUCUCAAGCAGCAUUGUAAAUAAAAUUAUCAAUUAAAAGACAUAAUUAGAUAUUAGAGGCAUAAGUAAAACUGAAUUUAACUGUGUGCGACUUUUAUUUUAUUGGAAAAAAAUAAUCUAGGUUUAUCUGGAGAUGUUCGAAAUCUGGUGCACAAAAUCAUACUGUGUAUGAAGACAACUGUAGUUUUACAGUCGUCUGUAUUUCAGUACGUAUAGAUGAGAGUCUAAUCAGUCAAAUCUUCACACGCACCUGCCUUUAAUUAAGCACUAAUUAAAGUCCUUGUUAAUGUCUGAGAGCCUGCUAACCUUAAUAGGGUGCUGGAUAUAAGGAAUUAAACCACUACAUGCACCUGCAAAGAACAAAAUGAAUUCUGCCUAAAAAUGCCAGAAUCCAUACAGUGUGGCAUUGACUGACACUUCCGUAUGGCAAUGUUGCAUACUUGUAAAAACCUUUUUUCUAUUUGUCACUAAUUUAUUUUCAAUUUCAAUUUCAAAUUUCAACAUGGACUCUGGUUAGCUAAUCACAGCCCACUAAAGACCGCUUUUGUUGGUCUUUGCAUCUGAUUUUCAAACUGGAAAAGCAUAGCGGCUGUUCUGGAAAUGUUACUGACUUUCUUAAGAACUGUCUGCCAAAAACAGACUGAAUGAAUCUGAAGUGAAAAAUAAGCCAUGCAGCCUAAGAACAAUGCUUAAUUUUAUAUCCACAACAUCCAGAGUCAAUAAAAAUUUGGAGAGCCUUCAAGUUGGUUGCUGAUUUGUCCAGUAUAUCUUUGACAGAGGUGAAUGGCUUCUCAGGUGGAUGUGCCGAAAACACAGAUUUCGUUCCUAAUUCCAAUAAGGUUAAAAAUCACAAUAUUUUCUCAUUUUACUUCUGUCGCCUGCUCAUAUGGUUUAAUUUUAAGGUCUUAACAAUGACCACAUUUCUCGAAAAUUGGACCUGUAAAAAAAAAAAGCCAGAAAUAUAGGGUUGAAUCAUUUUUGACUGGCAGUGCAUAGGAUAGUCAUUGUUAUCCUUUGAACUAACAAUCACCCAAUCAUAACUGAUGCUGAACAGAGUUUUUGUUGUGUGGAUGCAUAUCAUUUUAACAUGUGGGCAAGCAGUUUAUUAAUAGAAUUGGUGCCUAAAACCAAGAGCCUUGCAGUAAAAUGUCAGCGAAUGAGGAUCUGACUUGUUUCAUACUCUUGAGAGACAUAAUUGUUUGUUUCUUUGAGGCAUAUGGGGAGCUGUGAGAUGAAAGAAAGAAAAUCUGAAAAAAAAAAAAACUUGUUUUUGAGUAGCUGUUUGAAUUAAAGGGUUUUCAUUCAAAAUCUAGAGUGGUUGUAUAAAAUGGCAAAAUGUGAAAGACGUACACGAAGAUGUAUUUGUUGGCAUGCCCUUGUACUGUAUGUUGAAUAACUACCACCUGAAGGAUUACAUGGGUUAAAUUAUAAUGCAAUAUUUUUUGUUUUAAUUGUGAUUAUAAAAUGUUUAUUAUCGAUGUACAGUAUGAUUAAGAAAUAAAACUAAUGUGCAUUA